AUGUAUAUUCAAUAAAUACAUUGUUAUGUAUUGAUACAUCAAAAAAUUUAAGAUAAAAUAAAAACAAGAAUAAUUUAAAGAUAAUAGAAACGUACAGUCAAAAAUGUCAGAAGAAAAAACUGAAAGCCCAAUCGAUAAAGUAGAUGGAUUGCAACUUGAAUCUAUUGAUGACAAGAUAAAAGUAAAACAUGAUGAUAAAAGCAAACAAAAACAUAAAUUGGAAGAAAAUAUUGAUAAACCUAAUGGCCGAACAAAUAAUAAUGAAGCUGGAAAUUGUUAUUGUGGAAAGGAAAGAAAUCUUAAUAUUAUAGAACUUUUAUGUGCUAGUUGUUCAAGAUGGUUUCAUGAAUCUUGCAUUGGAUAUCAAUUGGGUAAAUUAGUGCCCUUUAUGAUGAAUUAUAUAUUUAUGUGCAAAAAUUGUUCUCCUACUGGUUUAGAAAGCUUCAAAAAAAAUCAAGCACCAUUCCCACAAAUGUGUGUAACAGCAAUAGCAAAUUUAUUGCAAAUAUCUCAGAAAGAAAAUGAACAAAGAACAUUUUUUCAUAAAGAUAAGGAUAUUAUUCCUUUCAUUGAAUGUCAUUGGGAUAGCAUGACAACAAUGCCACGUAGAGUAACACAAUCAUGGCAUGCAACAAUACAUAGAGCAUUGUUAAAAGAUGUUGGAACAUUAUUUACUAUUGAGGAAAGCAAUUCAGAUGGACAAUUAUUUGGACUUAUAUGUUCUGAUCUUCAAAUGAUUAAACCAAAUUAUGAAGCAAUGAUUAAGGGUGGUCAUUUAAAAGUAACUGAAAUGGGUGUUCAACAUGUUGUACCACUUAGUGGAGGUUUUCGUGGUCGCAAUGCAAAACGUAAAUUUCCUGGAGAAGGAACAGGUACUGGACCUGGUAAAAAAGGUAGAGGUUCUGAUAUGACAGCUCCUAAGUUACCUGCUCAUGGAUAUCCUCUUGAACAUCCUUUUAAUAAAGAUGGUUAUCGAUAUAUUCUUGCUGAACCUGAUCCACAUGCACCUUUUAGACAGGAAUUUGAUGAAAGUAGUGAUUGGGCUGGAAAACCUAUUCCUGGUUGGCUGUAUAGAGCUUUGAGUCCAAGUACAGUUUUACUUGCUUUGCAUGAUCGAGCACCACAACUUAGAGUUUCAGAAGAUAGAUUAGCAGUUACUGGAGAAAAGGGCUAUUGCAUGGUCAGAGCAACUCAUAAUGUAAGUAGAGGUACCUGGUAUUGGGAAGCUACUAUUGAAGAAAUGCCAGAAGGAUCAGCUACAAGAUUAGGAUGGGGUCAAGAAUAUGCUAACUUACAAGCUCCAUUAGGUUAUGAUAAAUUUGGAUAUUCCUGGAGAUCUAGAAAAGGUACACGAUUUCAUGAAAGUAGAGGUAAACAUUAUAGCAAUGGUUAUGGAGAAGGUGAUACAUUAGGAUUCCUCUUAAUUUUACCAGAUACACAUGAUGCAUCACAUUUACCAAAUACCUACAAGGAUCGGCCCUUAGUAAAAUUCAAAAGUCAUCUUUAUUAUGAAGAAAAAGAUCAAGUACCUGAAGCUCUUAAGGCUCUAAAACCAUUACAAGGAAGCAAAAUUAUAUUUUAUAAAAAUGGAAUAAAUCAAGGUGAAGCAUUUAUAGACAUUAAUAAAGGAGCUUAUUAUCCUACAGUUUCUAUUCAUAAAAGUGCUACAGUUUCUGUUAAUUUUGGACCAAACUUUAAAUGUCCUCCAACAGAUGUUACAUUUAGAGGAAUGCAUGAUAGAGCAGAAGAAGCAAUAGCAGAACAAUCUAUGGCUGAUAUACUUUAUUUUACUGAAAAUGAGGGAAAAUUAAGACUGGAUACUUUUGCUUUAUGACAUUAAUGUAUCUUUUUAUUUUUUUUAAAUUAUUGUUCAGUUCAAAUUAAUAAUUAAUAUUGAAUUUAAAAAUUUA